AUGUCUACCAAUGAGCCUUGCUCGUUCGUCGAUAACGACCGCAAGCCGGUUUCCAAGAAGGCGCAUUGGAGGGAGAAGCUGUUUUCUAAGGAUAAGAACAAGUGCAAUACUGACCAACAAAUCGAGGCCUUCUUGGCUCCUGUUCGUUCUAAGUCGGUAUCUCACGCUGCUUACCCAGUGGCUUCAAGCCAGAGGGAGGUUCCAGCGCCCCCUCGCCUGGAUGUCUCUCACCGAUGGCCUUCUGCACAGGAUGUCCUGGACGCAUCAUCGCCCAUUUCGAAACCCUCUUCCGCCACUGAUCCUUAUCCGCCAGUCAGCCUUCCACAGCUAUCGCUGAAAACUCGAAAAGGCAAGGGCUUGCGGGUCAAGUUCGCCAACGAAGCCCCUGACGUGAUUGGAGAAGGCGGCGAUGAAGCCGAGGAACCAACAAUAGAAAUAUCACAAUAUCGAGAUCGCGAGCAAUCUAAAGCGCCUCAACUUCGACUGGAUACCUCUUUCCGCCCCACAGAUGGGUUCGAACAUUUUGAGAAGACUCUUAAACGCAGUGAUACGCGUGCAGCUGGGAGUGAUGUAAAUAACAAGAAGCCUUUACUUAUCCAAAACACACAAGAUGCAGACUUCCUCAUGGCUUUAAAUUUGGGAGAAGGCGGCUCCCGUCUGUCGUUCCGGGCAUCGCCCGGGGCCGAUUCGCUUGCUCAGCGUAUCCGGGCGAAAAUGGAAGUGGAGGAAGGCCGUGCAUUGCAACACAGAUUCGACGAACCCACCUCGCCUGGUGGAAACGGGGCGAGCCCAGACAGCCCUACCUCAUCAUAUGAGACUCCUCCCCUCUCGGAAACCGAGCCUGUGGCUCCACCAAGUCCUGUUCGUAGCCCGCCGAGUCCUCAGAUGGCACGCAACCUGAACCCUCAUGACCAGGUGUUUCCCUCUGGUCUUGCGCCCGGCGGCAGUGUCCAGAGCCUCUCCCCUCCAAAACCUCAGCUCAGUCCUAGAAACCCAUCUAACGAUGGCCUUGCUCAUCCGUCUGGUCAAGACAAUCCGUCAACUUCUACCAGCCCCCAGCCACCCAAGGUUUCAUUAAGGUCUAUUGCGAACCAAGUCGGGGAGACAGCUUUUAUCGACUUUAAAACCUACACUUCGCAAUAUGGAAGCCUUAUCCGCCAGUCAGCCGAAAGUGUAAAGCCCCUGAUGGAAACAUCCCUUGCUGAAUGGAUCAGGGCCUCCGUGUGGUGGUUUAUGCGAGGGAAGAAGAGGCUGGAGGCCUACGCUCGCUCGCGUCCUGGCAGCUCUGGCUCAAGACCGAACCAGCGUUCUCCAGAGAGUGCAACACAGGCUGUGGUAGACCUUGCGAAGGCUCUAUGGAUUAACGAGACUAUUAUUCCUCAGCAUGAGGAGCUGACUCGACAUGGUGCAAUGAGUAUCGAUGCACUACUUGCUGUAGCAAGCACUACCGGUGAUAACCAGCUUUCUGAUUUUCUCGCGGUUCACCAGACAGUAAUGAGCCACUUGCGAUCGCUGUCCAUGUCUAUCAAGAGAAACAAUAUUCUUGCCGCUCUCGCCGCGGAAGGUGACUCUGCCCACGCUGACACGAGUGUGUGGGUUCGUUACCCCUUUUUUGCACCGGAUGUGUCUGCGGUCCUCUCUGGUGCGACCUCGAGAUCGAUGUUGGUCGACAAGCCUGGAAAAGGGCCGACAUUUAUGCACAUGAUGCCUCUCAGUGAUACAAGUCGGUACUUUAGUUAUGGUAGUAUGUUUGUAGAAGUGUGUGUCAGCUCAAGUGAGGACGACAGCCAGCAGUUCUCAAUGCCAUGUGUGUUGUCUAUAAUCCGUGAUCGUGCCGACUGGUAUGUUUUUGCGGCUAUUACCAGCCAGAGUGAAUUGGUCAAUGUCAUGAUUCAGUCCGAUAGAAAGAAAGGACCAACAUGGGACGAUGUCGAUUGGCAGGUCAGGUCGCAUUCCAUGCGGGUAAAGCUGCCUCGCGGUUUUGAAUUGGAUGUCAUGUUCCGCGAAGAUGAUUUCAAAACCCUCUGGAAUAUCGUUCAGUACACGCUCAAAACCGAGGCCAGCCUUCAGCCCGAAGCUGGCGAAGCCGUGAUUUUCGAGAGCACUUUGAAGCUCUUCCAGUACAUGGAUCCCGGUACGCCAAAGGCAUUCCCGGCAGAAUCCAUAGAGAAGUGUCGUAUCCGACUUUUUGAACGCUCCGUGACGGUAACUGAGGGAACUGGCACAAGGAGUGCCCAUCGAGGUUUCCGGAUCGCAGUGCUCACUAGCCCUAAAGUCAAGACUCUGAGCAGUGUGCGUCAUAUGCUUGGGUAUGGGGCGCCCAUAAUCUUCGGGUUGCUUCGCGGUGAAGAUGGGGCGCCAGCUAUGGUUCUCAAGGUCAAAGAGGAUGGUCGGACCCGGUCCAUGUUGAUGACGUUUCAGGAGGUCCAGGAGCGAACCACUCUUCACUCACUGCUUUUGGCAAUGAUGCCCAAGGAGAGAGAAUUUAAGCUCUCUGAUAUCCCAAUUCGCGCCUAUACGAUCGAGCAGCCUGCUGAUCGAUUCAAUGGUCAGCCAACCAAGCAGCAUCUCCAGUUCCCUAGCGGCACUGUGAGUGUCAUUGACCAGGACCAUGAUUUUAUUGAACACGGUUAUGGCCCAACUAUCCUUUCUGAAUUUCUGCGGGCUUUCGUUGCCACUGAAUGGGGUUCUGUUACAGAUCGCAUUAACCUUGGCCCAGGAGAAUUGAAGCUUGGCCUUGAUGUUAAUAACCGCACAGGUCUUAGUCUGUAUAGACCUGCACAACAAGAUCUUACCGUUUCGGUUGCCGAAAAUCUAAUUAAACCAGAGAUGCCGGACAGAUUGACGGAUUUUCUCGAGACUCUUAUGGCUAAGCCUAUGGUCAGAAAGUUUGAUUUUGCGUCAUUGCAAGGGCUUCACGAAUUUGAGAAAGCUGUUACCGGGUUCACGGUGCUAUUUGACAGUGUUGCUUCUUCAUUUACGAUAUCUCGUCGCCGUAUGGUGGUCCCAAUCAUUAAGAAAUGGGAGUCAAGUAUGGCCCGAAUUCAGGUCGUCCGCCAAGAUAAGGUGAUUCAGCUUAUAGCAUUCCUCAACGACUUUAGCCAUGGGAAGUGCAUGAACUUUGUGCUCAAAGGGACAGAUGUGUUGGAGAACUUCAACCGAUCUGGGAAAUUCUGCGUUCGGAUCGUCGAUGCCAAAUUUGCCUUACCAAAGACCGAUGAUGAUCCUGCAUCCGAAUUCGUCUGUUUAGAUAUGCCUGAGUACCCGAUUGAGCACGAUGACAUCUCUAUCGCAUUCGACUCUGAGGCUGGCGUUUCUACGCGCUCUCUGCAUGCAGAUGAUGAGCUCAACCUAGUUAGUGAUGUUGCUCCUCCAUUGCAUCUGUCUACUACGUUCCGGUAUUCAGAUGAUCCGGAUAUGCUGGUCCCCGCAGUAGACCUAAGCGCUGAUUCCGAGGAUAAAACAUCACACGUUUAUUCCCGUUUGACUGCACCUAAUCCCACUCGAUUUGAAACCAUUCUUUCGUCCCUCCUCAAUGGAGAGGCUAUCAGCUAUUCUUCAGGACUUUCAGCUCUCCACGCAGCCCUCGUUCUCCUAAAUCCUCGUCGGAUCUCGAUUGGGAAUGGCUAUCAUGGAUGUCAUGGUGUUAUCGCCAUGUUCAGCCGUUUGACUGGGCUUCAGAAGCUGGACCUGGACUGUUCGGUUGAGCAAUUGGAAGCUGGCGAUGUCAUUCAUUUGGAGACACCCGUCAACCCUGAAGGAACCUCCUUCAACAUUGAAGCAUACGCGAAGAAGGCGCACUCACGAGGCGCUUAUCUCAUCGUCGACGGUACUUUUGCUCCGCCCUGCCUUCAAGAUCCCUUCAAAUGGGGUGCGGAUCUGGUGAUGCAUUCCGGAUCUAAGUAUUUUGGUGGACAUAGUGAUGUUCUUUGCGGAGUCCUUGUCACGCAACGUAAAGACUGGGCGCGACAACUGUCCCAGGACAGGAUAUAUCUUGGUAGUGUGAUGGGCAAUAUGGAGAGCUGGCUCGGAGUCCGGAGCUUGCGAACCCUGGAGGUUCGAGUGCAGCGGCAAAGUCAAAAUGCAACGAAUCUGGUAUCGUGGCUGCACAAUGCCCUACAAACACCGAAUGGCGCUCCGGAUAGCGACGAGGCCAUCACGCGAGAGGCUCUCGAUCAGGUUUUCCACUCUAGUCUUCAGAAAGCCGACGAGUCUUGGUUGUUGAAGCAGAUGCCCAACGGGUUUGGGCCUGUCUUCUCGAUUACGAUGAAAAAUGAAGAUCUUGCUCGGCGACUGCCCAGUAAACUGGCGUUCUUCCAACAUGCCACGAGCCUGGGCGGUGUCGAGUCCCUGAUUGAGUGGCGCACCAUGUCCGAUACGACGGUGGACCGUCGGUUGCUGCGCAUUAGCGUCGGACUGGAGAAUUGGGAAGAUCUUCGCCAGGAUCUUAAAGGAAGGGGAAAAAAAAAUAUGUCCCACUUCCAAAUCUACUACUUCUCCACCGCCUCCUCCUACACCGGAAAACAAACCGAACGACUCCCCGCCCCCUUACCCCUCUCCCGCUUGUUCGCGACCCUCGAAGAUCGAUACCCCGGAAUCCGCGAGAAAGUGCUGAGCAGCUGCAGCGUCAGCUUGGGGGAGGAGUACGUCGAUGCUACGGAGCAGCAGCCCUCGCCCUCGGGGCCGGAGGAAACGAUGAUCAAGGCGGGAGACGAAGUGGCGAUUAUUCCGCCGGUUAGUUCGGGCUGA